GGCUAUAUUAAAAAAGUUUGAAAGCUUGAGGGGCUAUGUAGUUUGAUCAUGGCUCAAGUGAAUUCUUAAGGGCUUAAAGGUGCUUUAUUUGUGACUGAACCGUCGAAAUAGUAGAAGAAGAUAGAAAGACUGAACGCGUCUUAGCUGUCUGUUACUCUCUUGCCUGGGCAUGGCGAAGACCAAUUUGUGUUGCUCAAAUUUUGAUAGAAUCAGUAAUCUACCGGGCAAUGUCCUGGAGAAUAUAUUAAGGCAUUUGCCACUGAAAGAAGCAGGAAGGACCAGUAUCUUGUCAAAAAAAUUGAGGCACAGAUGGGCAGAUGUUCCUCAACUCGUGUUUGACAAUACUUUUCUCUGUUCUUCGCAGAAAAGCCAAAAUUCGCAGAGUUAUAAACUUCUGAUGAUGAACAUAUAUGAAGUGUUAUUACUUCACACUGGACCAAUACAUAAAUUCACUUUGUCCUUAAGUGGAUUGAAAAGCUGUCCUGAGAUUGAUAGAUUAAUUCUUUUCCAGUCCACGAAAGGUAUCCAAGAUUUUGGCCUUCGCAUCAGAGACUACAACAAAUUGCCUUCACACUUCUUUUCAUGUAUGGAACUUAGACAUCUGAAUUUGUAUGCAUGUAUAUUCGAACCUCCAUCUACAUUUAAAGGAUUUGGUAGGCUUGUUAGUCUUGAGUUACAGGAUGUCCAAUUUACAUAUUACUUCAAAAGUUUCAUAUCCAAUUGCCCACUACUUGAACAUCUGGUGUUGCGUGAGUGCACACAAAUUUCUUGCCUAGAUAUCAAUGCUCCUAUUCUCAAAUUCCUAUAUUAUUAUGGCACUUACAAAUCUAUCAGUUUCAAAAAUACACCUUGUCUUGCUAGCGUAUCUAUUUAUGAGACCGUAGGUGCAUAUCCAUUGUCCUCGAGGAAGAUCUCUGAUUUGAUUAAGGUCUUAAGCAGUCUGCCUGCUUGAGAGCACCUGAGUGUGGAUUAUUACUUUCUAAAGGUAAUGUAGUAUUUUGCCAUCUAUGUUGUGUAUUCCUUUAGCACUCACUGUCUGUUACGUUCGUAUUCUGGUUCUUUGUGCAAGAUGUUCGCUGUUCCUGAUGCAUUAAAGGGGCUUCCAACUUUUCUAAGCUGCCUAAGAGUUCUUAAAAUGAUUAGAUUAUGCUUCUGGAAAUUGGAGGACGUCUCAACUGUUCUUGGCUUGAUUAGAAGCUCCCCUCACUUGCAAAAACUUCACAUUGGGGUCAGUUGUGGGGACUACAAUUAUUUUAUGGGAGUUGCUUGGGGGAAAAAUCUUUUGUGCUUUGUACUUGAUAGGCUUGGAUUAACUUCAUAAAUUCUUCUUUAUGGUUGAAUGAAAGCACAAUUGCUGAGACAUUUAUUUCCCUUCAACUCUUGGAGGCUCAAAUCCACCCGGAUUUUGCUUUGGAUCAACUGCAGGAAGUAACACUAGAAAACUUCAAUGGUACUUGGCCUGAAGUGGAGAUUGCUAAGUUUCUAUUAGCCAAAUCAUCUGCACUCAAGAAAAUGCUUAUUGAGCUUCCUGUUGACAUUUAUAUAGAGGUGCAACUCAAAAUUUUGAAGAUGAUGCUUCGAUUUCAACGUGCAUCACCAAAGGCAGAAAUCAUAUGCAAGGAUUAUUAUGAAUGUUCCUCUUUGGAUGAUCACAGAAACAUUAGAGUUCAAGAAAACUGGACGUUUUUAUGUUUGUUGGCAUGUAAAAAUGUUUGAUGAUAUGUCGGUUUGCUUUGACAUGCAAGUUGAUGCCUGGCUGACUGCAAAGAUGGAUAAAAGUGUAUUGUGCUUGAAGGGGAAAUAUUCUCAGUUUUACAUUCUUGUAGUUAAAGAUUUUUUUUUUUUUUAAUAAUUGGCUUCGAUUAA